AGCAGAACACACUUUCUUGGCGACACAAUUCCAGUGAAAUUCUUGCUUUAGAACUUGCAUAUAACGUCCGACUGGUUAUUGUCUAGGCAUCUUCGCAGCGAGUUUCUUUGCUGAUAAACUGAGUUUGAAGGAGCUUGCCUUCGCUCGCUCGCUGUUCCACAAUCAGUGCUGCAGGAUUUUCCUCACUUUCCAAAACCAUAACGAGGCUUAAAGCUUCGUAGAGCUCCUGUACAUCCGUUCUCGAUGGCCGAUGUAUCAAUCCCAUCUGGCACUACUUCCCUAAUUCAGUCAGGCGCGGCUCAUGUUGACCACAAACAGCACAAGAAAAAGACUAAGCUCAAGAAGUCAUCAACACAAGAAGAAAUAGCAGUAUGCCACCUUGGUCGUAUGCCGCUUGAGAUCCUUGCGGAGAUCCUCUCCUACACUUGCUCGCCCCGAGAUGUUCUUGCUCUCGCGAGAUGCAACAAGUUCUUCUGUCAUACUCUCGUGCAACCCUCUUCUGCUUUCAUCUGGAAGCAUGCUCGGGCUCGUUGCAAACCUUCUCCGAUUCCUGAUCCUACACCUAACUACACAGAAGCUGCCUAUGCAUCCCUGAUAUUUGACGGCGGGGAGUGUGAGGUCUGUGGGAACAAAACUUCGGAUAUGUUAAUCUCCUUCAACAUUCGUCUUCGCCUGUGUUCAAAGGGCAGCUGCAAGGAAAAAUGGAGGUCCACAUAUUCACAAACGAUCAAAACCACUACUGUGCAUCAUCGGUAUCACCCGCUGGUACAGUGGAUGCCUGCCAUUGAGGACCGCGCCUUUACGCAUCAAGCACUUGUUUCGUCAAGUAUGUUUCGUUUGAAGGACUGGCAAAAUGCUGUGGACGAGUAUAACAAGGCUCUGCUCUCCCCCGAUACGACCGCAAUAUACAUCCAUGAGAAGGAAGUGCUUGCUCGAAGAUUGCCUGAUAUUAUUGCUCACGGACUCAAUCUAGUUGCAUGGCGACGCCAGCGUGAAUCUCGAUUAGUUGAGAUUGAAGGAACAAAUAUGCAGCGCUCUAAGGAAAUCGCAGCACGUAAUGGCUGGAAUCUUUGGAAUAUGAGACAAAGUCCGAUCUUCGACUCUCUGUUUCGCGCUCGAUCUCGAUCCUUGGAAACAAUUACGAACCAAGAUAUCGAGUUCAUCCGACCAACUCUGGAAUCCCAAAUUAUUGAAAUGGCAGAUAGAGCUCAACGCCGCCAGGCUGAAGACAAUACUCGUAAACGCCGUGAAGCUGUCGAACACGCUUACGCUCGGCUGAAGUCGAUGCAUCCUCAACAAGCCUUCCCUGCACUUGCGGAGUUCCGCAAACUUCCAACUGCGCAACUCGUGCAAAAGGGAACUGGUCCAAUGAGUGCAGAAGAUCUCAAGGAGAGCCCGCUCAUCUAUAUGCUCUCACAGGAUCUGGAACAAUGGCGGUCAGCUGCGAAGGAAGGUCUUAGCAGUGUUCUAGGCUAUCCAGGGUGGAGGCACGCAAGCAGCCUGAAGUUACAUCCUGUCGAACGAAUGACCGCUCGGUUCAAAUGCAAGUUAUGUGAGGGCAAGAAAGCCGACGAAGCUCACUGGAAAAGCUACGGUCUGGACUUCAAGGCGGCCUGUGAGCAUCGUUGUGAGCAUUUAUCUGCCAAGCAGAAGGACAAAGCUGUGUUCAAAGCCGAUGACUUCUUACCGGAUCAUAAGGCAACUCGUACUGUGGAACAAGUCUUAACUCAGUUGGGGAGGAACGCCGAGGAUGCAGGAUCCCGACCCCAGUUGCUCAAUCUUAAUAUCGCACGCAUUAAAUGUUUAUCGUGCGAAGCCAACGUCUUGAUGAAUUUCGACGACAUGUUACGACAUUGCAAACGCCACGAAACUGUCGCAUUCGAGUUGAUCACCCCUGAACAAGCUUUGUUACUGGAACAUCCAUACGUUAAAGGCCUCCGCGCGAAGCUGAUGGAGCAUACGAAGUCGGCUCUAAACCUUCGCGGGCGCAAAGUAUAUGCCUGUCGACAUUGUCCACCGAAGACGCCGGCCACACAAGCUCAGGCCUCUAUGGCUCCGAACAUUCAGGAUGCCCAGUCGUCGGAUGGUGCUCCAAAGCCCGACCGAAUUUCAACCGAUACUAUCAAAAAAGACGAGACAAGUAGUCGAGUCGAGAACACCGACAAGAGCCGCAGGCAGAAGCCCAACGCGCAUGAUGCUUCACUGUUCAAUUUCGACGGCUUGCGGUCACAUGUCAAGUGCAAACACGGUAUCGCAUGGAUUGGGGACGAGGAUUUUUAUCAAGUGGAGCCUACAGUUGGAAGGCCCAUAGUCAUUUCUUGAUUCCCACUUUAUCGUUUAUCUUACUCGACUAUCUUUGACAUUACUCCCCGAAGCGUUCUAAUCUACUUAUUUUGCUCUGCUGCCGCGCCAUUGGUGAGUGUAGCAUCGCUGUGCGCCGUCAGAUGAUCAUAGCAGCGCGUGUAUCUCAAAGCAGCCUACUUUCGGUCACAUUUGUACUUUGAGCUUCUUGAUGGCUUCUUGAAUUCGAUCAUUCCUUCGACGAAU